CGUAAGGAAUGGCUUCUGCUGGUCUGAGAAAGGAGCUGGAAUGUUCCAUCUGUCUGAACAUUUACACUGAUCCUGUUAUGCUGAAAUGUGGGCACAACUACUGCCAGGUCUGUAUUGAUUGUGUGCUGAAUACACAGGAGGGAUCUGGAGGUUAUUCCUGUCCGGAAUGCAGAGAAGACUUUGGGGAUCGGCCUGCACUGCAUAGGAAUAUAACUCUACGGAACAUCGUGGAAAAUUUCCUGUCUACUCAGCCAGAUCAGGAGGAGAGCCGAAUCUUUUGUUCUCACUGUGUGGACGCUCCUGUAGCUGCUGUUAAAUCCUGCCUGCAUUGCGAAGUUUCUUUGUGUGAUAAACAUCUGAGCGUCCACAAAAGGUCACCAGAACAUGUGCUAUCUGACCCCACCAUGUCCCUGGAACAGAGGAAAUGCUCCAUCCAUAAGAAGAUCCUGGAGUACUACUGCACUGAGGACUCUGCCUGUAUCUGUGUGUCCUGCUGUCUGAUUGGAGAACACAGAGGACAUCAGAUGGAGUCACUGGAUGAGGCCUCUGAGCAGAAGAAGAAAAAGCUGAGAAAUGUUCUACAGAAACUGAUGACAGAGAGAGAGGAGACCCAGGAAAGAGUUCAUAGUCUGCAGAAACAUGGCGGACAAGUAAAAGAGAAAGCUGCUACUGAAAGAGAGUCACUCACUGCCUUGUUUACAGACAUCAGGAGACACCUGGAAGAGCUGGAGAAGAGAGUGUUGAGUGAGUUAUCAAAGCAGGAAAAGCAACUUUCAUUCUCAAUCUCCGAUCUCAUCCAGCAACUGGAGGUAAAGAAGGACGAGCUGUCCAGGAAGAUGCAUCACAUCGAGGAGUUGUGUACCAAGACGGACCCACUGACUGUCCUACAAGAAUCAGACCUAGCUGGUUUCUCUAAUACUAAGGGGGAAGAUAAUGAGGACAACCAUGGACAUGAUAAGCUCCUCCAUGGUGGAGGGGACCUGGAAAUGGAUGGGAUCUUACACGCAUUACACACAGGUUUAUUUGAUAUAAUAACAGGGGUACACGGAGGAGUCUAUGUAGAGAAAGCUUCAGACAUAUUACUAGAUGUAAACACAGCUAGUAAUAAGCUAUAUAUAUCAGAAGACAGAAAAUCUAUAUCCAGGACAGAGAGGAGCUACAAUCGCCCAGGAACACCAGAGAGGUUUCAGUCUUACCCUCAGGUGAUAAGUUGUCUGAGUUUCUCCUCAGAGCAGUACUAUUGGGAGUUGGAUGUUGGGGGUUCAGAGAGCUGGAGAGUUGGGGUGUGUUACCCCAGUAUGGACAGGACAGGAGAAAAGUCACAUAUUGGGAGCAAUGACAAGUCCUGGGGUCUGUACAGGGUUAACGACCAGUAUGUGGUGAUACAUGACAGUAAAAAGAUCCAGCUACCUGACGAUGUCUGCAGUGACAGAGUCAGGAUAUAUCUGGAUUAUGAGAUGGGGCAAAUCUCCUUUUAUGAUCUGUGUCACCCGAUGCGACACCUCCACACCUUCACCACCACCUUCUCUGAACCCCUUCAUGCUGCACUUGGUGUAUGGAAGGGUGGUGUAAAGAUAUUUGGGGGGAAUCGUGAGAUGUGAGAAGUUCACCCACAGGUG